AUGACUCGUUGGGGAGUCCCGAAGGGCGUGAUGCGCGCCCUGCCGAAGCGUGGCAAGUCGGGGAAGAGCGACGGAGAAGUGGGUCUGACAGUUCCGGGCGUCGAGCUACUCACGAAAGAGCUCGCUCAGGAGUCGGGAAGGGUCCCGCCCGAAGCUCGAGCUGACCUCGCGCUGAUCCAGGUACACCUCACGCGGAAGACCGUCCCCGACGAAGAUGCGGAGCAAACGCUUCUCAAGUGGCUCGCGGAAAGGGGUUUCCAUGAUGUGCUGGCUUUGAGGGCCGACGCUACUUUCGAGCUGUCCAAGCGCAAGCGGGAGGGGCUGGACCUAUGCCUGUGGGUCGAUCCCGAGCGGCUGCUGAGGGCGGCCAUCACCAAGGACCCGACCAGACCGCCGAAGCACGCCAAGGAUCUUUCGAACGAGGAGCGGACUUCGCUCGUGCAGGCGGCAACUUCCGUGCUGGCCGAAGCGAAGGAAAACAAGAUCCUGUCCUACAAGGAGAUGUUUCUGUUUCACGAGCAAAACACUCUGGGAGGGCUUCUGAGGCUCCAGGGCCCGUACCGGAUGUUUUGGGAUCGCGGAGACGUCCUUCUCGACGCCAUCGCUUCCUACUUUGGCACCAAGGUCGGCUACUACUUCGCGUGGCUCAAGUUCUACACCGCGGCCCUUGUCUUCCCUACCGUGGUUGGCCUGCUGGUGUGGUGGACGGAGCGCGUCAACAGCCUGGCCGAGUCCUCGGGCACCUGCGUGCAAGUCCAGCGAGAGCAGGCCUGUGACGGCGGUAGCGGCGUCGCUUGCGGGUCGUGGUGGCGGUGGCCCGUGGCGGUGGUCACAUCCCUCGCGGAUAGCUCCGCGCGUUCCGCGUCUUCUUCUUACUCCGCGGCGGCGGCGGCGGCGGCGGCGGGAGUGGUACAGGAACACGCCGGUGGAGAAGCCGUAGCCUUCUUCCCUGGAGGAGGGGGAGGGGGAGGUGCCGACGAGCUUGUUGGGGGAGGGGGUGACGGCGAAUGGGAUCCGGUACCGGUGGGGGGUGUGGAGUGCGAGCCGCCGACGUCCAUGGCGCCGUACUUCAACCUCUUCCUGGCCGUGUGGGCUACGCUGUUCCUGGUGCUGUGGCAGCGACGGAGUUCCACCCUGGCGUUUCGAUGGGGGGUGCACAAGGAGGACACGAUAGAGCGCGCCAAGUUCAUGGUGGGCUGGAAGCGACCUGGCCGGGCGGGCAUGACCCCAGAGGGGGCCCUCCAGCGACAGACAUCCUUCUCCUCCUCCACCUCCACCUCCACCUCCACCGCCACGACGUUCACCGGCAGCACCGACAGCAUUCGCAGCACUGACAGCGUUCGCAGCAGCAGCGGUAGCGCGAAGAUGCACGCGCGAGUCGGGCUAAGACGGCAGUGCGCCACCGGGUGUUUCCGGGCGACGGCGGCGGCGGCGGCGACCGAUCGAGCGGCGGCGGCGGCGGCGGCAGCAGCGGCGGCCGCCCCCGCCAGCAAGCGCAGCUGGUCUGGCUCCGUCGGCAGAGGCGGGGGUGGCGGCGGCGGCGGCGGUAGGGGGAGUGGGGGCGCAUCGGAAGUGAGAGAGGACGGGCUGGAGGGGGGCGCUUGGGAGCCGCUGCGGACGGCGAGGCUGUUUUUGUCGUGGUCGCUGGAGGCGGUGCUGCUCUACCUGGCGAUAAGGAUGAUGCUGUGGUUCGCGUGGUUGGAGGUACGAUCCCUCGAGAAGUUUGGCGGGGGAAGCUUCGGAGUCCGCCUCGUCAGAACCGCUUCUGUCAUCCUCCCGUCAACCUUCUACGGCAUGCACUGGAAGUGGGCGCAUGCGUUGACGACCUGGGAGGACCACGUCACCGAAGCCGGCGCGGAGAACAGCAUGACCGUCAAGCGCUUCACCUUCAGAUGCGUCAACAGCUACGCGAGGCUCUUCUACCUCGGAUUCUGGCAGAGGGACUUGGACGGGCUGAAGGAGAUGCUCAUGACGGUGCUCAUCACUCGGUCUUUUAUGGACGCGCUUCAGGAGGUGGUGGCGCCGAUGAUCCAGGUCUACUGGAGGACUCGUCUACAGCGCGCGACCGCCCCAACCGAUGGAGCCGCCGCCUUCGUCGCGCACAAGCAACACCAUAUGCAACAGCACCAGCAGCAGGGGCCCGCUCGCAGGCGAGGGUGGCUGCCGUUCUCAUCCCGCCAGCACCCACAAGAACAGAAAAACCGCGGGAACCCCGAGGUGUCCUGCCGCAGAGGGGAGAUCGGGUGUGCAGUAAAGAAGCUGGCCUACAGGAAGGCGCUCAUGCACGAAAGGAUGCUUCCGGAGUACCAGACCCAGCGAGAGUACCUGGACCUGAUGGUACAGUACGGCUACGUGACGAUGUUCGCGGUGGCCUACCCGCUGGCCCCUCUCCUGGCCCUCGUGCGGUGCCUGGCCGAGAUCUACAUCGACCACCGGAAGCUCCUCCGUUGCAGGCGCCCGGCUUACGUGGACAGGUCGAGCAUCGGGGCGUGGUACGGUGUCCUGGAGUUCGUGGGCAAUGCGAGCGUACUUACCAACUGCCUUCUGCUGGCACUGACGGCGGAGAAGCUACGGAUGUACGUCCCGAUGCCUCUGGUUACACAGUUCCCGAACACCAAGUAUAUUGUGAUGGCGGUGUUCGCCGAGCACAUGAUCCUUGGAGUGAAGGCGACCGUCCGCAUUCUCAUCGACGACGUACCCGAUGGGGUGGAGAAGGCCAUGGCGGAGGAGCUCUUGCACGACCAAGAAGAGAGCCGGCGUAAGGUGGAGGACGCUCUCGGAUUCUCGGAGGACGUGGCAUGUGACGACGGCGGCGAGCGGAACGCGGAGGAGCACGGCAGCAGCGAGAACGGCUCCAACCUCGGAAACGGUGGCGGUAGCGCCAACGACCCGACGUUGCUGCCGCUGACCUUGAGGGGGAGCGGGAGCGAAGACGGCCGUGGUGGUGGCCGUCGCCGCAGCGACGGCGGCGGCAGCCCGGGGGGAUGGAGCGACGUCGGGGCUAGCCGAGGGCGAGCGGUGGUGGGUAAGGGGUGGGGGUCGGCGUCGGUGGACGGCGGAGAGGGCGGAUCUUCCCAGUGGAAGGAGGCGGGUUCGGCGGCGGCGAUGCGUCGGUCGGUGUUCUCGCAGUCCGGCACGGGCCCGCGGCGGCGGAUUAGCUUCCGGAGCAGCGGCAGCUCCUCUUGAGUGUUUCUGGUGGUCUUCUUUGUGCUGUAGAAUGCCUUAACGAGUUCGGUACAUUGGUAGGAACGUGCGGUUAAAAGGUCGUAGUAUUUUCUUAAAGAGUUAUUGUUUCUGUAUCCUAUAUCCUAACGAGUCGCUAUUUUGGUAGGGAUUUGCGUUUCAAUUACUUGCUG